AUGCCGCGCUCAUUCCUGGUGAAGAGCAAGAAGGCGCACACCUCCCACAGGCCACGCGCGCGGGAGGACGGCCCGCUCUGGCCGCCAGUCCUUGGCCCCGUGCCACAGGAGUCGGGCCUGAGCGCCACCCCCGUCCUCAGCACGCUGCUCCCGAGCCCCGGCCUGGACUGGGCCCCCCUCAAGCGGGGGCCAGAGCUGGACCCAGAGUCCAGCCUAACCCGGACGACCAGUCACAUGGCACCUGCCCCCACCCCAGAAUGUGCCGCUGUGAGGCCCCAUGCCAUGGACUCACCGCCCUCCGACUGCCCCCCGUUCUACAAGCCGAGUUUCUCCUGGGACACCCUGGCCUCAACCUACAGCCACAGCUACGGGCAGGCCGCCUCCACCAUGCAGUCCGCCUUUCUGGAGCGGGCCGUCAGCCUGUACGGCAGCCCCCUGGUGCCCAGCGCUGAGCCGCCUCUAGACUUCAGCGUUCGCUAUUCCCCGGGCCUGGACACAUACCACUGCAUCAAAUGCAACAAGGUCUUCUCCACGCCCCACGGGCUGGAGGUGCACGCCCGCCGUUCCCACAGCGGGACCAGGCCCUUCGCCUGCGACGUCUGCGGCAAGUCCUUCGGGCACGCGGUGAGCCUGGAGCAGCACACGCUCGUCCACUCCCAGGGGAUCCCGGCCGGGUCCAGCCCUGCGCCCAGCGCCCCGCCGGCGCCUGACCCCCCGGCGCCCCGUUUCCCCCGGCAGGAGCGCACGUUCGAGUGCCGGAUGUGCGGGAAAGCCUUCAAGCGCUCGUCCACGCUGUCCACGCACCUGCUCAUCCACUCGGACACGCGGCCCUACCCCUGCCAGUUCUGCGGCAAGCGCUUCCACCAGAAGUCAGACAUGAAGAAGCACACGUACAUCCACACGGGUGAGAAGCCGCACAAGUGCCAGGUGUGCGGGAAGGCCUUCAGCCAGAGCUCCAACCUCAUCACGCACAGCCGGAAGCACACGGGCUUCAAACCCUUCAGCUGCGAGCUGUGCGCCAAAGGGUUCCAGCGCAAAGUGGACCUGCGGCGACACCGGGAGAGCCAACACAACCUCAAGUGAGGCCAC